AUCUUAAUUUCAUCUUAAGGUUUUCUAUGUGUCGGCCUUAACCUAUGCGUUACUGCUCGCGUCGCCAUCAAAUUUCUCUCUUUUCGUCGAGCGUGUAGGGUAUACCUGCAUCAACUAAUUACAGAUAAAUAAACAAACAUGCCACGAGAAAUCAAAGAGAUCAAAGACUUUCUUUUGAAAGCGAGGAGAAAGGAUGCGAAGUCCGUGAAAAUUAAGAAAAAUGCUGACAACGUUAAGUUUAAAGUUCGUUGCUCCAGGUUUUUAUACACACUUGUGAUCACUGAUAAGGAAAAGGCUGAAAAACUGAAACAAUCCUUGCCACCAGGUCUACAAGUAAAGGAAGUAAAGAGAUGCGAGCGUGUAUAAAAUGACAAAAUAAAUAUCUUCUUAAAUAUAUA